AAUCACACGGUUAAAGAGAAAUGCGCCACUGUCACAAAGCGAAUUCUAAAUCAAAACAGAAAACAAAGGCUUUUGAUUGAAGUCGCUUGUUGGACUUCCAUUUGUCUGUUUUCGUGAUAAUAUUCCAAAACACCCUAUAAAGUGUUAAUAAUAAUCGAAAACUGAUAUUAUCAAGUGCUGUGCUAUUGCGAAAAUGGCUGCUCGCAAGUUAAAUACAAUCGAAGACUUAAGCGAAUCCUGGGUUGAAUUGAACUCCGGCGGUGGAUUGGCCGCGAUGGAGAAUGAAUAUAUCCGUCUGUUGAGAGAAGCGCAGAGAGAGAGUCGAGACUCUUCAGUGCGUCAUUCGAGAGCUUCCAGUGUUAAGGGCAGCCCGAAGUCACCUCCGAACAGUCCCAACUUGGAACCGUCUACGGAAGACGAGCUAAAGGGUGUUUAUAUUAACUGCUGGAGGGAUGAGUCGAACGAUUGGGUUUGGGAAUGGAGUAGCAGACCGGAUCAAUUGCCACCGAAGGACUGGCGCUUCAAGCAUCCUCAAAGUGCACGAGGUCCACCUUCAGCCACCUCCUCCAUCGAGGUCUUGGAGCAGCAGAUGGUGGUGCCAGUGAUGCAACAGAGUCACUGUCUGUCUGUGCGUCGUACUUGCCUGUUCAGUCGCGGCGCGGUCGCGGCUGUCCUUGUCACUAAUAUAGUGUCGCUGUUACUCGGCGCGGGGAUAGGUAUGUGGCUCAGCAAGAGAGGUAUUCUUCCUCAUAGACUUAUAAUACUGAAUUAGAGUUCAAAAGACUGAAAGUUUGGGGAAAAUGAUGUCCCAAAGUGAUUGCACCUUACGGCUAAAGAUAACUGGAAUCGCUUACAGGACUCUAUUAGAGCACACCUUUGACUAAACUAUCGCACAACUAAAUUAUCGCAUGACAGUUGUGUGAUAGUUUUGUCAAUCCAACUGUUUAGUUGUAUAACAUCGAGUAGUAUAACCUCUAUGCUAC